UAAAUAAUCCGUCCAGCCGACGGAUCGCGGCAGAAGUUGCGGAGCGCCUGGUUUGCGUGGAGGCUCUCCUGGUCCGCGCGUGGGACCGCAGCGCCUCGCUCAUGAAAACGUGGUGCCGCGUAAAGGCGCACAGCUGGGAGGGGGGAUCCGGGCGGACGGGGCUUCUGGUUCCUCCAUUCCUUCAGUGAGGCAUGCUCUCUGGAGAACGCGGCCUCGGGUUUGGCUCGGCGCUGCGCGCUCUUCUCCUCGGUUGUUUGGCGCGUUUUUCCAUUUCAAGGCGCCCCCCAACAGCCCUGCGUGGAGGUUUCACGCCGUUUCCGAGUCUUUGCAGGAUGUUGGCUGCCCUGGCGUUCGUUCUGCUCUGCGUCCAGUCUGCUCGCGGACAGGUCUGCUCACCUGGGUUUGCGUUUGAUGACGCCGCUGGACAAUGCAGAGAUGUGGACGAGUGCCUGACCCUGGGGAGGGUCUGCCAGGGGGGCAUGGACUGCGUCAACCGGGUGGGGGGCUACACCUGCGUCCCCAGCGAGGUGUACCAGCGGCCCUACCGGCAGAGCAGCCCGGUUCUGCCUGAGCUGAGCUACCCGGAGCCCUCCGACCCGGUGUCUGACACCUUCCUCCCCGCUCCCCCCAGGUUUGUGGAGCCAAGUUACCCCAGGAUCAGGAACCCGGCGCUAUGCACCCUGGGAUAUGCUCUCGCAGCUGAUGGCACCUGUAACGACAUUGACGAAUGCGAGACAAACUCUCAUCAGUGUCACCGCACUCAGGUGUGCAUCAACACCGCGGGCGGAUACACCUGCACCUGUGCUGAAGGCUACUGGCUGUUCCACGGACAGUGUCAAGACAUUGAUGAGUGUCGCUAUGGUUACUGCCAGCAGCUGUGCGCCAACGCUCCCGGUUCCUACUCCUGCUCCUGUAACCCCGGAUUCGUCCUCAAUCCGGACGGUCGGACCUGUCAGGACGUGGACGAGUGCGAGGAGGAGCCCUGCAACCACGCCUGCUUCAACACCUACGGCUCCUUCAUGUGCAACUGUGACGAGGGCUUCGAGCUGGCUUCAGACGGCACCACCUGCAUGGACCUGGAUGAGUGCAGUUUCUCGGAGUUUCUGUGCCAGCACACGUGUGUGAACAGCGCCGGCUCGUUCUCCUGCGUCUGUCCGCCCGGAUAUUACCUGUACGAUGACGACCGGAGCUGUGAAGAUAUCAAUGAAUGUGACACUGGUAACAACACCUGUACAACAGAACAAGUAUGUUUCAAUUUCCAGGGAGGCUACACAUGCCUGGGUCCGUUACAGUGUGAGCCUCCUCACGUCGCUGUGUCUGACAAUCAGUGCAUGUGCUCAGCUGAGAACCCGGCCUGCAAAGACAGGCCCUUCACUAUUCUGUACCGACACAUGGACUUGCCGGCGGGGCGCAGUGUGCCUGCAGAUAUCUUCCAGAUGCAGGCCACCACGCGUUACCCCGGCGCCUUCUACAUCUUCCAGAUAAAGUCGGGGAACGACGGACGGGAGUUUUACAUGAGGCAAACCAGUCAUGUCAGCGCCACGCUGGUGCUGGUGCGUCCCAUCAAAGGGCCCAAAAAGGUGGUGCUGGACUUGGAGAUGGUCACCGUCAACAACGUCAUCAACUUCAGAGGCAGCUCCAUCAUCCAGCUGACGAUAUUUGUGUCGGAGCAUCCGUUCUGAGAGUCCGGAGCUCGUCAGAGAGUCUUUCUGUUUGUGCUAACGGGACUCUGUCGAGACGGAUCAGAUGAGAACCGAGCCGAGAUCAGCUGAUGGGAUGCUCUCACCCCCCCCCCACCCCCACCCCAUCCCCACACGAUUUACUGGACGUGGAGCCGUCAUACCAACACAGACGGGUAUCUGUGGUGUACAGUUUCUGCCAGCUCCACCUCAGAUGUAACUGAAAUGAGUCUCUGUGUAUAUGCGAGGUUUCCCCAAGCUCUCAGUGAAUGUUGAUGACCUCACUUCAAAGCCGUGGCGGUGAGGGUCUCGCCGCCUCGGAACGCCGUUUGAUCAGCAGGAGCCUCUCUUCCCAGCGCUGGUCUCAUCAUGCGUCUGCUGAAGCGGUCUUAGAAAUUAUGUAACGAGCGUCUUAACUGAAUAAUUGAUCCCCUUUGGGCCAAUAAACGACUUCCCCACUCAG